CAGAUAUUGAUUUAAAGGGACUUAAAUUAAGAAACUUUAAUGGAAGAACAGACACACCGAGUAGUUCCAAGCGAAACUCAAGAUGGAGCAUCACAAGAUACUAAACAAAUCCAAAAGGAGGCACAGCUUAUUCUAAAUAACACAUAUUGUAUUGCCUACCAUUCUUUAAUCUUAUGUGCCCUGUUGGUCUGCUGAAGCUUCUUUACCUCUGUGAAAUGCGGGCUUCAAACGCUAAAGUUACUAAAGAUGUCUCUAUAUGUCAAAAUAGGGACUAUUGGUCAUUAUUUGUUCAAGAACAGGUGAAUAAAGAGCAAAUCUUUCGAGAUUGAAACAAUCAAUAAACUUUCCUGGAUGUUUCAUCUUUGCUUAUCAAGCUGGCACUGUAUUAUCAUAAAGAGAUUUGUCUCCUCUUGGAACCGAUGACUCGAUACAAAUUCAUUCCCUUGGAUAUGACACCUCAUCCUUGUCAUUGAAGCAUGUAUUCUUUUGUUUUGAGGAGGUACCUGGAUUUUUGGUUUCUUUUUUCAUAUUAAAGAAAAUUUACAAGAUAAAAAGCUUGAAGAAAAUGAUACUUUGAGUGAUACAAAGUACCUAGCUGAAGAGUUGUCUAAUGUUAGGAAAUUCAUGGCAAGCCACUUCAAAGAUACCUGCAGUCUGUGCUUUGAAGCGAUAAAACAAGAGGAUAUGGUCUUGUCAUAUUCCUGAAAAAUUGAGCAUGUUGUGCACUAUUCAUGUGAUGCCACGCAAUCAGAACGCACCAAGAACUGAUUCUCAAUAAAAUAUGCUAAACCACAACCCCAGAAAGAGGUUGGAAAGGGAGUUCCACUUGAAGAAAUUUUAGCUAAGUAAAAACAUAAUUUGGAGUGAGAAAAGGAGAAUCUGAAAUUAUAAAGGAGAAAGCAACCUUGC